AUGCAUACUAUCUAUCAUGGAUUUUUUCUUGUUAUCUGUUUUGGAAUCGCAAUCAAAUGCCAAGGUGGUGGUGGGGGUGGCGGCGGUAGCGGCGGUGGAGGGGGUGAUUUUUCUGGAGGAGGCAAUGGUAGUUCAUGUACCGGUGAUAAUUGUUUUUAUCAGACAGUUAUGCUGGUAAGUAUUUCUGGUGUGAUUGGAUUAUUGAUUUUGAUCGUUGGUGUUAUUAACUAUUGGAAAGGUCGACCAACCCAAACAAAUAUAGAAUUUAUUAAGAAUGAUACUAUUAAAAACUAUAACCAAGAAAAAUGUGAUACUAGUAUGUUUAAAUCUGGUUAUUGGAAUAGCCAAUAUUUUCAAUUUGUUAAAUGGUGUGGAUCUAAUCGACUUUGUCUUUUAUUCGACAAUGAUUCAAUGACUGUAAUAGGAGCAGGAUCAGACUAUGUAGGGUAUUUUACGAUCAAUGGAAUAUAUUCGCUCGAAACAAGUCGAUUAGGUUUAUCAAAAAAGUAUCAAUUAGGCACUGGUAAUGAAAGAGAAAACUUAGGGCAUACAGUUACAAUUCAAUUAACAUGGAAUAAAAUAAGAAAUCAAUUUGAAGGAAAAUGGUAUGUGCAAACAAAGAAAUAUCAUGGUGAAGAUAUAUUUCAGCUUAAAUUUCAUAGCUGA